UAGAACCGCACCGCGCUGGCAGAUGGAUCCAGACCGAUUCUCCACUUCUGUCUGCGUCCUGAUGGUGUGUCUUCUCGGAACGACGCGUCUCUCCAGCGUCGGCCACUGCGCUUGUCCAGAAAUUCCCAGAAGAAAUUUUACUUUGCAACCAGAAGCAGGAAACUGCUUCAAUGUUAGCUACAGAUAUCGCUACACGUGCAUUCCUGGUUACGUGAGGAAGGCCGGAACGUCGAAUCUCAUCAGGUGCAGCAAUCUUUUGCAGUGGACCACUACCAGAUUUCCACUGGAGUGUAUACCUCAUCCAGACUCAACUCCUCCACUGCCACCACACAUUCCAGAUGGUUCAAGUAUCACAACUGCGCCACCAAACUGGCCAGGAACUUCCACCAGCCAUCCGACUGGAAGAACCACUACUGAAACUACAAGCUCAGCUAAUAUGGAGCAAAGUACAUCAGGUAAGAAGCAGGGAAUCCUAUCAUCGACAGCUGCUUUUGUCCAAUCAAUCAAUCAAUCAAUCAAUCAAUCAAUCAAUCAAUCUUUGUGGAGCACCCAAAGUGACCAAAGAGCUGUACAGGUACAUAAGCAUCUUUAAGUGACCAAAAAAAGCGCUAUAAAAAUAUUAUGUAUUAUUUUUAUUAUUAUAAAUAAAAACAUGAACUAUAAGACACAAACACCUACUAUAAAACAGUCAGCCAAUUAGGGGGCACCGAUUGCAGUUUGCUGGUCGAUCCCCGAUCUUUAUAAAAC